AUGGCUAAACAAGAUGGCCUGGAAUGGGUGGACUAUUUCAGAGGUAGCUUAUCUGAUAUGCCAAGCACCACGUUGCCUGCUACGCGCCGAAAGAGGAAUAUCUACUUCCACGCCGACUUCGAUCUCAGGCAACUUCUCCUGUUAGCGAAACGGCUCCGACAUCAACCGUGUACCUGCAACGACUCUCAAACCCCCAAAGCAGGCGCCUUAAACUGGGCGAUAUUUCUUGAGUUCGAUGAUGGCGUCGAGUGGGUUUUGCGGGCUCCCUGCUCAUCCUACGCUGCCACCCAAGGCGUCACCGGGUGUCUCCUCGAGGCCGCUACCCUGAAAUACAUCCGAGAGCACACCUCUAUUCCUGUAGCAGAGGUUUUCCAUUACAGCCCCACCUAUGAAAAUGAUAUUGAAAUUCCAUAUAUCCUCAUGAGCAAGGCUGCUGGCCAUCCCCUUGCGAACUACGACUGGCGAACACAUACUCUGGAACCCUCUAGACCGAACGGUUCUGUGACGCCAGCACGAGUUUUGACAGAGGAAGAGAAGAAGAAAAUUAUGCGACAGCUCGGAUGCUACGCUUGUCAGUUAUUUGGUCUCCGCUUUCCGACAAUCGGGUCGCUCUUCGAAGGCGACGAUGGUUAUUACAUCGACGAAUGUCUUUCUCCCGGUCACGUUCUACAAGACCGAGAAACGAUUGAGGGUAUCCCGCGCGGUCCAUUUCAUAACGAAGCGGACUAUUACUCCUCCCUCGCCGCAGCCCUUCAUCUACAUGCCGAGCAGCUUCCAAUGGGACACCAUGUCCUCCGUGCUCCUGUCCCCGUCCCGCAAGAAUACCCCAACUUCGCCAAGUACUAA